GACAAUUAAAACCCCUUCCGCGUAAAACACAGGGAGGUACAUGAGCUAUCAGCCGAGGGUUCCGGCCGCUGACUGCGCAAACCCCGUCCUCCUUUCGGUGCGCUCAUUCCCCCGUUACCUCAUUGCUACAUUCCCUAGCGAGUGAGCUCAGCUGUUCACACAGCCUCUCUCCUUAUAUGGUCAAACAACUUUGCCUGGGCGAGGCUUUUUUGCGAGUUGGUAGGAAGUAUUUGGGCUCAGCAGCUCCCCCAGCCCUCUUUUCUCCUGGCUCUCUGGCAGCCAGGCCGAGGGCAGCCGAUCGUGCGGGGGGUAGAGGGAGCCGGGCGCCGACCACCCGGUGCAGGGGUUGCGCUCCCGAAGUUGCACACCCUCCAGCCGGGGUGACUUGUUGUCCUAGGGACGGCGUUUCCCCUUUGCGCUUCCUCGCAGCCCCGUCCCCAAAGCUGCUGAGAAGAUGACCUCUUCAGGUGCCCCGGGGACCCGGAUGACAUCCACAGUCAGUAUCAACAUUUCUACCCCAUCCUUCUACAACCCACAGAAGAAGUUUGCACCUGUGGUUGCCCCGAAACCCAAGGUGAACCCCUUCAAGACUGGGGGUGUAUCAGAGUCAUCGUUGCCACAGCCUCCUGGAGCUGGUGCCCAGCGUGCUCAGAUAGGGAGAGUGGGGGAAAUUCCAUCAGCUUCUACAUCCAUGCUGGCAGAAGAGCUGCCGCUGCCACCUCCUCCCCCUCCAGGAGAUGAGGCAAGUCUUUCCUCAAACACUGCAUUUCCCCCACCCCCACCGCCCUUUGAAGAGCCUUUUCCCCCAGCCCCAGAAGACAUUUUUCCUUCUCCUCCACCACCAAUGUUUGAUGAAGGGCCUGUGAGCAAAGUACCUGCCCCACAGGUACGUGGCAAGAUGAGCAGCAUUGAUCUUGAGAUUGACUCACUGUCCUUAAUGUUGGAUGACAUGGAGAAGAAUGACCCCUUCAAAUCCCGGGUAUCUCCAGGCUCCACGGGUUCUCUGGAGAAACUGUCUGCCCCAAAAGGCCAUGUGGAAAUCUCAUCUGCACCCAAAGAUCCUCCUUCUUCCUUUCCUUCCAAGUUCACUCCAAAGCCAAGCAGCAGCUUAUCUCCUAAGCCCGUUGGAGUGGAUGCAGUCCCUUCCCCAGCCCCAUGGGCAGCCCCACAGCAGCACAGAGAGCCCCCAGCACCAGUCCCUCCAGCCCCCUCUCUCUCUCCUGCUCAGCCUGCCCUUAAAUAUACCCCAUCUCCUGUUGCUGGCUCUCCUAAGUCUGGGUCCAAACCAGGUGCCAGCAUUCCCAUGGCUCCCCCAAACUCUGCAAGAUAUCCUGCCUCCCUUCAGACUCAGUUCACAGCCCCUCCACCUACAGGUCCCUCCUCACGGCCACAGCCUCCCAGUUUCACCUAUGCCCAGCAGUGGGAAAGACCCCAAGUGCAGGAGAAGCCACAUCCUGCAGAACAGCCUGCUGCUCCAAAAGACACGCGUAGACCCACAGGCUCCAGUGCACAUCACCCUAGGGGAAAUUCUUCUCUGACCAUGAAGGAGGUAGAAGAGCUGGAGAUGUUGACUCAGAAACUAAUGAAGGAUAUGGAGCACCCACCCCCAGCAGAAGCUGCUGCUUCUGAGCUCUGUGGCUUCUGCCGGAAGCCCCUAUCACGAACCCAGCCAGCUGUGAGAGCCCUGGACUGCCUUUUCCAUGUGGAGUGCUUCACCUGCUUCAAAUGUGAGAAGCAGCUGCAGGGGCAACAGUUCUACAAUGUGGAUGAGAAGCCCUUCUGUGAGGACUGCUAUGCUGGGACCUUAGAAAAGUGCAGUGUCUGCAAACAGACCAUCACAGACCGUAUGCUGAAAGCCACUGGUAACUCGUACCAUCCUCAGUGCUUCACCUGCGUUAUGUGCCACACCCCUCUUGAGGGAGCCUCUUUUAUCGUGGACCAGGCCAACCAGCCUCACUGUGUGGAUGACUACCACAGGAAAUAUGCUCCACGCUGCUCAGUCUGUAGUGAGCCUAUCAUGCCAGAGCCUGGAAAGGAUGAGACAGUGCGUGUGGUGGCACUGGAGAAAAACUUCCACAUGAAAUGUUACAAGUGUGAGGACUGUGGGAGGCCCUUGUCCAUUGAGGCAGAUGUGAAUGGCUGCUUUCCACUGGAUGGGCACGUACUGUGUAUGAAAUGUCACACUGCUCGUGCCAAAACAGCACGCUGAGAAGCUUGGAGUGGACAUACCCAUUAGACCCCUGCACCCAAUACUCUUCCCUUCCUUACCACUGUCCGGCCCCUCUGCAUGGCAAGGCAGCUCCUUAGCUUAUGGAGGUCCUGCCAGUGCCGUUCUUUCCUCAUGUAGGAUUCACCACUCCUAGACUUCACUCUGCACACCUGCCAAGGAAGCACCCUUUCUCCAGUCAGCAUGUCCCUGGCCACAGUGUAUUUCAAGCUGGGGACUGUGAGGUGGACAAAAGACCUCUGUUCUUGUAACACUCUUGCAGCAACAGCUCUUGAGUAAGACCAGAUCUCCACCACCACCUGGUGGAAGUAGAAAGAAUGACCUGAUGGCAGGUGCUGGGCAGGGCUGGGCCGCCUUGUGCUCCAUGGAGCCAAGACUGGCUAUUUGAUGUUAGAAGGUGGAAGCCUCUGUCUCAGCACUGCUUCUGUCUUUGCUUUUCUUUUUUUCUACCACCUCAUUAUCAGGAUGCCUUUUCUUGUUUGUUUUUUGUCUUCUUUCCUGUUCAAGGGGCAGAGGCAGAAUAUAUUGGGAAUCUCUGUUCUAGUUGCUGGAAAAAGCUAAUCUCCUGUAGCUUUUCUGCUUUUUAAAGCUCUCUUCCCACCCCAGAAGUGAAUUAUUUUUCAGCAUGGUUUUCUGAACAGCCAGGCUGAGCACCAGAGUAGAAAACCAGUCCAAAGAAUGUAUAUGUUUACAAAUAAAGACUGUCAAAAGAGCUGGCGGCACAUGGUAAGGAGGUGCCUCAAUGUGUGGAUGAGAAAUUAGCAGACUAAGGAAUGCCUCCCCUUUCCAGUGUGGGGGUGCUUUUACUGCUGUCAGUGAAAGCUGCAGUAUAACAACGCAUUUGUCUGGCUCCACUUGUUACUGUACUGAGCCCCAUUUCCUGGGUUAGAACCUCUCAAACUGAACAAACUUUCUGGAUAACUAUACUGUCCAGUCACUGUUGGCAUAUAAUAAAAUGUGGGGUUUUUUUUCCAUUAAUGUGUCUCUGCUCUAUAUUUUUUUUCCAACUGCCCAUGAGAACUGUUAGCUUAGGCAGUAGAGAAUGUAUGGUUGCUAUUUCACCCACCCUCCAGAGGUAUUAUGAAUAGGAAAAUAGCCUUUCUCUCUCCACCUCUUGGUGUCCUUUUCAGGUUGUUUAGUUUCCUACUUAACUUCCUGUGCCUGGAGAGUAGUUUUCCUCAGUUAAAUAAAUGGAAGACUACAUUUCAGUACAGCAAGACUGUAAUCUGCUUGGUAUGUUACUGGGAGAUGGGUUAUUACAAUCCACUUGCACCAGACUGGAACCAAGUGGAUCACUGAUUUUUGCUUGCUUUGCCUUAUCAGACAAAGUUUGUGCUUGAUGUUUACUCAGUCUUAUGGUUUUAAGCAUGGUACUGUCUCCAUAAUUGCAUGUGAAACUCAUUUUUUGAGUGGAGGAACAUUGGAGCUCUCCACACAGACAUUACUGUGCCCUACUCUUGUUCUCUUGCCAGUUUUUUGAGCAGUCUUUAAUGACUCUGCAAAUUUAUCCAGUAAAUGCCUGGAAAUUCCCUAUACAAUGAGCAAGCAAUAAACAAAUCUGUGUAUUUGCUUUCA